AUGGCCGCCAACGCUACCGACUUCGCUACCUUCCACUCUUACCUUGUGCCUGAAGCUCUCCUCACAGAGCCAGCACCAUCCUCUGCCAACACCAGCAGAAGGCCCAGUGCCUCGAACCCCAUUCCUGCGGUAUCAUCGUCCCAAAAGAAGAAGCAGAACAAGGCAGCAAAGAAAGCUUCCAUCAACGAAAGUCGGGCUGUGUACUUCUCGAUGCUUCAGCGAUAA